AGCUAUUAAAGGGCCGACGCAUAUUAGAGCAAUGAAGACGUUUUAAAAAAUAACGCUAUAGCUUUCCAUAUUCUAUUCAAUAAAAAUUUGCUAUAUUCCUAUAGGUUACACAGGAGAUCGUCAGAAUUAGCGUAUAAAGUAACUCGUCAUUGUUUCUGUUUUUGCUGAAACGCUUUGAAAAAGCUUGAAAGAUUUUUCGCCUUAACCUCGUUCUCUUGACUACCCUCCUGCCACUAGGAAACACACGGGGUUUUCAAGUGUUUGGUUAUAGUGAGACUAAGUCGAUAUGAUUCUUCUUGAAACGAACAACAAAAUUGUGGAGGACCUUCUUCGAAUUAAAUUCAAGAAUCACAAAACUGGUGCAAAGGCGGAUUCAGUCGAUGUGACGAUAGCCGAUUUCGAUGGAGUUCUGUUUCACAUUUCGAACCCAAAUGGAGAUAAAGCUAAAAUCCGUCUUUCCAUCUCCCUUAAAUUCUAUAGAGAACUACAAGAUCAUGGAGCGGAUGAGCUUCUAAAGCGCGAAUAUGGUGAUAUUCUUGAGCCCGAGCCAGAGAAAAUGUACAACGUAUCAAUUCUAUUUGACCUCGAUUCGACGCCAAAAGAUUACGAACCUCUCAUUAAAAAGGCUGGUCUGCUAAAGCGAAACUGCUUUGCAUCGGUGUUCGAGAAAUACUUUGAGCAUCAGGCAAAACUGGCCAAGAAUCCUGAAGGUGGCGAGCUUAAAAGAGCUGUUAUUCACUACAGGGAUGACGAAACGAUGUACGUUGAAGCAAGCCACGACCGCGUGACCGUGAUCUUCUCGACGAUUUUCAAGGACGAGGAUGACGUUAUUAUAGGAAAGGUGUUUAUGCAAGAAUUCAGAGAGGGUCGUAAGGCGUCACAUACAGCGCCGCAGGUACUAUUCAGUCAUCGAGAACCUCCGAGGGAGCUUCAAAAUACAGACGCUAUGACUGGAGACAACAUUGGAUACAUUACUUUUGUUCUGUUCCCACGACAUACCUCGGUUCAGGCUCGUGACAACACAAUUAAUCUUAUUCACUUGUUUAGGGAUUACUUGCACUAUCACAUUAAGUGCUCAAAAGCUUACAUCCAUUCUCGAAUGCGCGCUAAGACAUCGGACUUCUUAAAAGUGUUGAAUCGCGCUCGACCCGAGAACAAGAGCACGGAAAAAAAGACAAUUUCCGGGCGAACAUUUACGAGAAACAACUAAACAAGCUUCAUCAGCUCGGAACUCUAAAACGACAACAUCCAUCUGUAUUUAAUGAUCCUUCGCUGGAGUCAUCAAGGAUUUCCUCUAUUUCUUCAAAGCAAAAACUAGUUGAGCCUAUUAUAAUAGAGCAAGAAGGACACUGGUUUGCUUACUCUUGAUAACAAUCAUUGCCGUAAGAAAACGAAAAGCAAACAUAUGCUUGUUUCACCUGCCAUCUGUGAAAGGAAUCUUCCGUAUGAUUUUCAGCUAAAUGAGAAAUGCGUAGAGAAGAGAACGGCGAUACGUGCAACGGCAUGUAAACGAAUGUUUGAUGAACAAAUGCAAUCUAAGAACAGAAUAUUUAUCGUAUACACGUAUUUUUCCUACGGUUUCUGUUGUCAAGUUUCUUCCCCAUUUCUACGGCUAACUUCGUAACAAUCGACUUAGUGUUUAACACAGACUAAACAUGAAACAGAGAGAACAGCGCUUGAAGUAGCUGUUCCAGUUCUCUGGUCUUGAGUUGCAACUUCAGUAGUCUGGUUCGGACAAUACUUCGUAAUACAUAACAUCGUAACAACAAUAAGAUUAUUGAUAAGUUAUUGAUGUAAGUUUAUAGCGACUGCUGAAUAAUAAACGCAUUUUGAACCGUAAU